AUGCAGUACUCCGCCAUCGUCGCCCUUUUCGCCACUCUGGCCGUUGCCGCGCCCGCCCAGGAGGCCGCUGCCGACAUUGCUAUCCUUGACGGCCCUUGCACUGCUGGCGUCACCAACAACAUCCCCAUGUGCUGUGGUUCCGGCAUCCUGGACCUCCUGUACCUGGACUGCGAGACUCCUACCCAGGCCACCUCCGUCCUCAACCCCCUGAGCGCCGUCUGCGGCCGCGUCGGUCUCCAGGCCAAGUGCUGCACCCUCGGAAUUGCCGAUCUCGGUGUUCUGUGCCAGGAUGCUCUCCCCGAGUAAAUUCCCAGUUUGAUGAUGGUCAAGGCAGACAUUCUGUCUCCAGCAACAUCGGU